GGUCCCUUCCUCUUUCAUCCCAUGUGAAGGGAUCUUCGUGGAAGCCUUGUCACCAAGCCAUUCAUCCCCUCAAGUCAUGGAUCUGAAGCAAGUUGAAGGAAUCUAGGGCUUUAGGUGGGUGGCAACUCUAAGGCUAGGCGGACGGUAAAUCCAGGGCUAGGAACUAUCGGGAUUGAACGAAGGCAGUCCGAUCACUCCGAUUUUGCCUAUGAGAACGGGGUUGCCAGCAGUUGUCCUCGUCUCGUUUCUGGCACUUCUGUGGGGUCUGAAACCUGUGUUGGGGAUUAGAUUUAUAAUGCAUAGAGAAGAAUGUCUUUCCCAUGAUGUUAAAUACAUAGCUGAUAAAGUUCAGGUGUCGUUUGUUGUCAUUAAGUAUGAUUCUGGUUGGCCAGAUGCUCAGCAGGGUGUUGAUCUUGUGGUUAAGGGACCUUCUGGUGAUCAGAUUAUUGAUUUUCGUGACAAAAUAAGUGAGAAAUUUGAGUUUGUAACUCGUGAAAAAGGAGUCCACCGAUUCUGCUUUACCAAUAAAUCUCCACACUAUGAAACCAUCGAUUUUGAUGCACAUGAAAACCAUUUUACAGUCUUUGAAGAGCAUGCAAAAGAUGGUAACUCAUGCCUGUUUUUUAUUCUCGUUGAUCUGCUUCUUUUCCUGCAGAAAUCUCGAUAAAAUGGUGGCCCCCCAAAGACAUCACAUGCCUUAGAAUCUACUUUAUCUAGCUAUAACUCACAAUUGCUCACUAAGGCAUGUAACUACUUCUGCCCUUUAGUCUACUGCAACCUAAACAUGCUUAUGGUUAGUCACAUGCACAACUCUGACCAUAUGAUAUUAGAGAUUCUAAAUCUGAUAUUAGAUUUACAUGAGACAUGUAUGGACAUAGGGAUUUCCUAU